UUCAACUUCCAUUUCACAGCACAGUAGUGCCCGUUGUGCCCCCCUGUCCCUUCCAGAAUCUCCUCACCACUUGACUCUGUAUCGUUGACCACUCACCGAGUCACGUUGCGUCGGUCAAGUUUGGGAAAUGCCCUUGCUCUGGCGCCCAAGUCCUGCUCUCGCAGUAGCUCUGAUUGCCGCCCUUGCGAUCAUCCUUCUGAAACUCUGGGACCCGUCCGCGACGCCAUACGCUUCUCGACAACUUCCUGGCCUGAAGGGCAGCAAACGCGACAAGUUUGGACAGGUGUACGAGCUUGUUCGGGAUGAGUUGCUGGGAGGCGCAUUUGCUCAGAUGAACGUGCCGGAGGAGGCCCGAGUUUGGUAUCAACGUAAUAUGGACUACAACGUCCCUGGCGGGAAACUCAAUCGUGGGCUUUCGGUCGUAGACUCGGUGGAAAUCAUCACAGGACGCGACCUUUCAGACGCCGAGUUCCUCAAAGCGUCCGUCUUGGGCUGGGUCGUGGAGUUUCUUCAAGCUUCGUUUCUUGUUCUCGACGAUGUCAUGGACAAGUCCCAUACGCGACGCGGCCAGCCUUGCUACUAUCGCGUCGAGGGUGUGGGAAGCAUUGCCUUGAACGAUGCGAUGAUGUUGGAAGCAUCGGGAUAUCGGCUUCUCCGACAUCAUUUCCGCGCAGAGCCGUAUUAUGCCGACUUGAUUGAUCUUUUUCACCAUACGACAUUCCAGACAAAUACCGGCCAAUUAUUGGACUUGAUCACCGCGCCCGAGGACGUGGUCGAUCUAUCGAAAAUGUCGAUUGAAAAAUUCCGACUCAUCGCCAGAUACAAGACUGCAUACUACUCCUUCUACCUUCCCGUUGCGCUGGCAAUGAUUAUGACGAACAUUCCCUUCGAUCAGGCUUCCCUCGAUGCCCGACAGCCGGAGAUGUCUCCAUACGGUGUGGCGAAAAGCAUCUUGAUUCCGAUCGGCGAGUACUUCCAAGUGCAGGACGACUUUUUGGACUUUGCAGGCGCACCAGAAACGAUCGGGAAAGUGGGAACCGAUAUCGUUGACAACAAGUGCUCCUGGUGCAUCAACACAGCACUUCAACUUGUCACUGCCGACCAACGUCGAGUUUUGGACGCCAACUAUGGUCGGCACGACCAGGAGAUGGAGGCCAGAGUCAAGGCCAUAUUUGAAGAUGUCGGUCUCCGAAGUCACUUUGCCGACUACGAACGACGAACCCAUGAAGAAAUCAGUCUGCUCAUUGCACGGAUACCAGACGACUACGUCCUCAAAAAAGAGCUGUUCCGACGAUUUCUAGAUAAGAUAUACAAGAGACAGAAAUGAAAACGUGCGCCCAUUCGUGCCGAGACGCAUUCCGAACAACACUACCAGUUUCACUCUCAGAACAUUGGGACUCCCGACUUGCCAUCCGAGCAGGUCCGAGUGCAGUGGUCCAGAUCACGUGGGUGCGAUCUAGGAACUCGAGAAUCAUUGAGAUCACAGUCGCUGUCUUGUCCCUGAAAAACACUGGAACCGACUACGCGACAAAGUCCCGGUGCCUACUUUCCUCGUUCAUCGCACAAUAUAGACGAAGAUGUGGCUUGGGGCGCCGGCAAGGGCUGCACUUACGCCAUAUCCGAGGAUCUAAAUCCCACCCUAGUCCGUUUUUGCACCAUUUUCCGCAUCGAGGCUCGUCUUCUCUCCCCCGGACCGACACUUUAAAGUUAUGCUAUGACAAGGCGAUCAGAGGCUAGAUCUGCAUUGGAACUUCGCGGGAGUGCUUCAAAGACGGCGCCGAAAUCGUUGGCUCGCACAUAACCCACGGCCUUCCUUGCUCGCGAGUGGGCAGCCUUUGAGUGGCUUCAACCCAUUGUUUUUUCGUCGUCUCUCCUUUGGCCCUACGCCAUCCGAAUCCAACGAUGAGCUCUUGUGAAGGACAGCAGCCGCCACCGCCGACGUAUUCGCUCAACGGGAGCCCGUCUCCGCCACCGUCAAGCCCCAACUCGUGCUCGGAGCUGGGCUACGGAGAGUACAAGUUCAGAUUCCACGACCACGCUGGGUCACGGUCGCGGUCGCCGUCGGUGGUGGACUCGGGGCUCGGGACAGAAUGCUCGGUGUUCCCUCAGCACGCGCCAAUCACGACCCCCGCGUUCCCUUACGUUCCGCCGCCGCCGCCGCUUCCGUUUGUGCUAUCGCCGUAUCAAAUCGGCAGCCUCGGGCACAGUCAUCCUGACGCACUGACACCGGGCCGGGGUGCGCGUGAUCCGGCGCCCCCACGCACCGCGCAAGAGCGGCGGCGCUCGGUUUCUGCGUUCCCCGACCAUCAGGUGGAAGUCACGCCGCGUCCGUCUAUGUCGAGCAGUGCCGGGCGGCCGUUCUCCCGGGCGCACAAUCCCAACACGCUCAACUUCGUGUCUGUGUACCGCAAGACCCACCGUCACGCACGAAGCUUUUCGCUUUCGCCGGUUCCGAGCAGCAAGUCGUCGAUCACGGGGACGUUCGUCGUGGAUCCGUUUCUGCGGAUCCCGGGCCAGAUUCUGACUCCGCUGCUUCCGGGGGAGAUCCGGAAGAACCUCGUACUGCAGGCCGAGGGCGGGGGGAUCGAUGUCGAUGUGCAUCUCGCUGGUGCGACUGAAGAGCUCAAUUCCGACCUCGUAGAGAAGGUGGAUCUGCACUUCGAAGUCUGCGGCAGGAUGGGCAACACGUAUCCGCUGAUGGUGAAACUCCACACCCCCUCGCUCUACCGCCCGCCACUUCACACGAAAUUCCGGUCGAAGAACGGGUUCACCUCGAUACACCUGCCGCCGUCUUUCCAUGGGCUGCUCACCAUCGUAGUCGAAGCCGGGGACCUGAAUGCCCACAUCGGUCUCUCAAGAUCAAUCGGCGCCCACGCGACGCUGCUGCGGGAAGACAGCACCUCGCGGCUGUAUUUCAUCGGUGUUCUGGACGACGAGUGGGACGGUGAUCAGGCCCAAGUGGAAGUCGAAAGUGGGCGCGUGUGGAUCCAGUUCGGCGGCGGAAGGGAACGUAAUAUGAACGUCUGGCGCCGAGUCCGGUGGGAGGUUUUGGGACUGUAG